AUCACUUCCAGCCUGGAGGGUAAAAGACAGGAGAUUGAUAGAACAAUAACAUCUGAAGGUUUUCACAUAGAAUCCUGUAGGAUGGGUCACCUAUAUAAUAGGGAGCCACCAGGCUAGGUAGUAGACUUACAGUGUGGUGACAAAGUUGGAGAAUGAACCUGUUAAAAUUGAACCAGAUUGGCUGCCUACUGUUGUUGGGACUUCAUGUUCAAUAUGUUAUAGCUCAGGUUGAUCCUGCUCAAGGUUAUGACUGUUCAAACAUCUGGGAAAGGAACAACAACUCUAUUAGUGGAAUUUACACAAUAAAACCUCUGGGGGCCUUAACAUCUUUUCAGGUGUUCUGUACAAUGGAAGCUUAUGGGGGCUGGACACUCAUGCAGAGACACAAUGGACAAGAUGGUCUAUUCUUCGACAGAACAUGGGCUGAUUACAAACUAGGAUUUGGAAACCUCUCUGGUGAACACUGGCUAGGAUUAGAUAAAAUCUAUAUGUUGACCAACCAGUAUGGCAGAACCUCUAAGCUGCUCAUCACCCUUGCCUCCUUUGAUGAAAAUGAAGCCUCUGCCUUGUACAGCUCAUUCAUAGUUGGUCCUGAGAGCACAUUGUACCAGCUCUCUGUGGGAGAAUAUUCUGGAAGUGCGGGAGAUGCUUUUAGAGUGGGGAACAGCAAUCAAGAUGGCAGCUAUUUUAGCACCAAAGAUAAGGACAAUGUCAACUGUAAUACAUGCAAGAUUGGUGACACCAGGUUUACAAGUUGCAGUCGCUACCAGUCUAAUUCUGGAUGGUGGUUUAGCAGCUGCGGCAAUGCGAAUCUGAAUGGUCAGUGGUGCCCUCAAGGAAAUAAUGUGGGCUGGGCCUCUUCAGUGUACUGGGGGACAUACAGAGCCACGGAAUCACUGAAAUACAGUAACAUGUUUGUUGGAAAUGAUCCCUCUAUUUCAUAAUCUUUGCACCGAUAGUUAUAUUGUAUAUCUAGAGAUAUUGCCUAAUAUCAUGUACAGUCACAUUUCUGGAUAUUGUCGUUUGAUGUGUUUCCUUUUUUAAUUCCAUUAUUAAUGAUAUUUUAUUUUAUAUGUAGUGUUUUGGAGAAAAAAAAUAAAAAAUUGAUAUGA